AAUAUGUAAUUAAAUUGGUUUCAUCCUGAAAACUUACAUUAAAGUGAUUGAAUGUUGUUAGUGUCCUUAAACAUGAUAUCUCUCUCUCUCUCUCUCUCUCUCUCUCUCUCUCUCUCUCUCUCUCCACAACACAAAAACCAAUGUCUUGUUUUUUUGGUCUUGCUAUAUUAGGACCUUGUAACUGUAAAAUAGUGACAUCUGUUUCUACAAAUAUGUAACACAGAAUUUAUUGCUACAUUACAUCAUUCAUAAAAUUUCCUAUUUCUUUUUGAACCAAACUUUGAUCACAUAUAUAGGAAAAAAAAACAUUGCAUAUUUUCCUCACAUAUGGACCUUCUAAGAUCAGAGCCAUGUUCAUCUCAUAAUUUGAACAUCUUAUUUUCUGAGAAGAAACAGACAGAAAAUGAAGAGAAAAAACAUCUCCUUGAUUUAAGUCUACCUAGUAACUAUCCUUGUGAUGAUGAGUCAAAGCAAGAACUCAAUCUCAUAAACUGUUUUGAUACAGAAACAUCGAUGAACUCGUCCUCGGAAUCUAAUCAUGGUAAUGAAUUAGAGCCUAGGAUUUUCUCAUGCAACUACUGUCAAAGAAAAUUUUAUAGUUCACAGGCACUUGGUGGACACCAAAAUGCACACAAGAGAGAAAGAACUAUGGCAAAAAGAGGACACAAAGCCGCGGUUUCGCUAGAUUUUGAACACAGGUACUCAAGUUUGGCUUCUCUACCUCUGCAUGGAUCCUAUAACAGAUCAUCGUCACUUGGAAUUCAGGUGCAUUCUUCUAUGGUUCACAAACCUUCUUAUCAAACACCGUUUUUCGGUUUGUCCCGUUCUCGUGCUCAAAACCAGUGGCAGAAACUGCCUAUGUAUUCACAACAAGCAAUUGGAAAUCUUGCAUCAGAAACUGAUGGAUCAUCUUUGGCUAGUGUUAUUCCUACAAGAUCAGGUAGGUUUUCACCAACAAAGGUGCAAGAUGGAUUAAUUGGAGGUUACUGGUUGGGAAAUAGUGCUACUACUACAUGUUUAAAGACUAAACAAGAGGAGUUGCAGAAACUUGAUUUGUCCCUCAAACUCUAAUUUCUUGUAUUGUACCCUUCAUGUCAUAAUAUUGAAUAUUGUGUCUUAAUUUUUCUGAUCAUGUUAUUACUUUGUCUUUCUGGUUUAUUUGCAUGUUAUUAGAAAGUUAGAUCCUCUAUCAAUUCAAAUUUGCUUUGUACAAUUUGGAGGAUAUGGAAUUUCAUUAGUUGGUAUAAUUUGAAACUUAAUGCAGCCAAACUUUCUUAAUUAAUUACUAA